AUGGCUGGACCACAUGAAUCAACAAAUACUGCCAGCUGGGACCACGACCAAAACCCCGACCGCAGCCCUGACUUGUCUGACAAGUUGGAGCAGGACCCCGAGGUGAAGGACCUCGAUGUUGAGGGCCAGGGUCGCCGAGGCUCGCGGCAACAUAUCACCGCCAUGGAUUCGUCGUCCACGACAGAAAGUAUCGGUCGUCAGAUUGAGUUGGAGUCGGAGAAUACAAUCAAAUACCGGACAUGUAGUUGGCAAAAGACUGCCGCGUUGCUUUUCUCCGAGUACAUCUGUCUGGCUAUUAUGUCUUUCCCCUGGUCGUAUUCCAUCCUGGGGCUGGUUCCCGGUUUAAUCUUGACCGUCGUCAUUGCUGGCAUUGUCCUGUACACCUCGCUGAUUACCUGGAGAUUCUGUUUGCGACACCCGGAAGUCCGCGACGUUUGUGAUAUUGGUCAGUAUCUGUUUUGGGACUCCAAGAUUGCGUGGUGGGCCACGGCAGUCAUGUUCCUCCUGAACAACACUUUCAUUCAAGGCCUACAUUGUGUGGUGGGUGCCCAGUACCUGAACACGAUGUCCGACGGUGCAGUAUGCACAGUCGUUUUCUCACUAAUCGUCGCAAUAAUCUCCUGGUUUUUCUCGCUGCCUCGCACAUUCAACACGCUCUCUAAAGUCGCAACUCUGUCGGCGUUUUUCACCUUCAUCUCUGUUGUUUUGGCAGCUACGUUUGCCGGGGUUGAAGCUCACCCAAAAGGAUACUCGGCUGCAAUGGGAGAACCCAUCGUGCUUGCCAUCCCGGCCAAGGGUACGUCCUUUGUCAAGGGCAUGAACGCCUUUUUGAAUAUCAGCUACACCUUCAUUGGUCAAAUCACGCUUCCCAGUUUCAUCGCUGAGAUGGAGGAGCCCCGUGAUUUCUGGAAGUCCGUGACAGCUGUGACGAUCGCCGAGAUCAUCACCUUCAGCAUCGUCGGUGCAGUGACCUAUGUCUACGUCGGUAACCAGUACAUGGUCGCACCAGCCUUUGGCUCCAUCGGGGACGAUGUGUACAAGAAGGUUUCAUUCUCGUUCAUGAUUCCGACGAUCAUUUUCCUAGGCGUGCUGUAUGCCUCUGUUUCGGCCCGUUUCAUCUUCUUCCGCCUCUUCGAAGGCACCCGCCAUAAGGGAAACAACACCGUUGUGGGCUGGGUUUCUUGGGGUGCAAUUCUCGCUGCACUUUGGCUCCUCGCUUUCAUCAUUGCUGAGGUCAUUCCCUUCUUCUCAGACUUGUUAUCCAUCAUGAGCUCCCUCUUCGAUUCGUUCUUCGGGUUUAUCUUCUGGGGUGUCGCUUACAUCCGUAUGCGUGCUGAAGACCACGGACCCCGUUUCUUUAUGGUCCGUGGUAUUCGUGGCUGGGUCGGAUUCAUCUUUAAUGUCUUCUUGAUUAUCGUUGGGUUCUUCUUUUUGGGACCCGGAACAUACGCUGCCGUUAUGUCAGUUGUUAACAGCUACGCCGACGGCACCGUGGGUGGCGUUUUCACCUGCGCUAGUAAUGGAUUGUAA